GAAAACAAUAAGAAUAAGUAAAUAGCCUUCGUUUCUCUCGCCUCGGCGCGAUGGAUCUGUUAGUACUGGAGAAAGCUCUCCUCGGUCUCUUCGCGGCGGUGACGCUAGCCAUCGUCUUCUCCACUCUUCGAGGUAAGCGAUUCAAGCUUCCGCCGGGGCCGCUCCCCGUGCCGAUCUUCGGCAAUUGGCUCCAGGUCGGCGAUGAUCUGAACCAGCGCAAUCUCGCCGCCCUAGCUAAAAAGUUCGGCGACAUCUUCCUACUCCGAAUGGGUCAGCGCAACCUCGUCGUCGUCUCGUCCCCUGAUCUGGCCCGCGAGGUCCUCCACACUCAGGGCGUCGAGUUCGGAUCCCGCACCCGGAACGUCGUAUUCGAUAUAUUCACCGGAAAGGGGCAGGAUAUGGUGUUCACCGUGUACGGUGAACAUUGGCGCAAGAUGCGCCGGAUCAUGACCGUCCCCUUCUUCACCAACAAGGUCGUGCAGCAGUAUCGAUACGGGUGGGAGGAUGAGGCCGCGCGGGUCGUGGAGGAUGUAAGGGCGAAUCCGAAGUCGGCAACUGAAGGGAUUGUGAUCCGGCGCCGGCUGCAGCUGAUGAUGUAUAAUAAUAUGUAUCGGAUUAUGUUCGAUCGGAGGUUUGAGAGCGAGGAGGAUCCCCUGUUUCUGAAGCUGAGGGCGCUUAAUGGAGAGCGCAGCCGUUUGGCACAGAGCUUUGAAUAUAAUUACGGCGAUUUCAUCCCUAUUCUUCGGCCGUUCUUGAGAGGAUAUCUCAAGAUCUGCAAGGAAGUUAAGGAUAUGCGAAUUAGCAUUUUCAAGAGCUAUUUCGUUGAGGAGAGAAAGAAGCUGGGGAACACGAAACCGACCGACACCACUGGGCUAAAGUGUGCCAUCGAUCACAUCCUUGAUGCAGAGAAGAAGGGCGAGAUCAACGAGGAUAACGUACUCUACAUCGUUGAGAACAUCAACGUUGCUGCCAUUGAGACAACCCUGUGGUCCAUCGAGUGGGGCCUUGCCGAGCUGGUGAACCACCAGGAUGUCCAGCGUAAGGUCAGGGCCGAGCUCGACUCAGUUCUCGGGCCGGGCGUCCAGAUCACCGAGCCAGACAUCCCGCGCCUCCCCUACCUCCAAGCGGUGGUGAAGGAAACCCUCCGCCUUCGCAUGGCCAUCCCGCUUCUCGUUCCCCACAUGAACCUCCACGACGCCAAGCUCGGCGGCUUCGACAUUCCAGCCGAGAGCAAGAUCCUCGUCAACGCCUGGUGGCUCGCCAACAACCCGGCCCACUGGAAAAACCCGGACCAGUUCCGGCCCGAACGGUUCCUCGAAGAAGAGGCCAAGGUCGAAGCUAACGGCAACGAUUUCCGUUACAUUCCUUUUGGCGUCGGCCGCCGGAGUUGCCCCGGCAUUAUUCUCGCUCUCCCCAUCCUCGGAAUCACACUCGGCCGUCUGGUCCAGAACUUUGAGCUUUUGCCACCGCCGGGUAUGGAGAGGAUUGAUACUACUGAGAAGGGAGGGCAGUUCAGUCUUCAUAUACUUAAGCAUUCGACCGUUGUCGCCAAGCCAAGGAGCUUUUGAUGGUUUGUUCAAACUGCUGUACUUACUUUUGUGGAUUUGUUCGAUUUGUCUUUGGAUCGGGAGGAGGAGGAGGAGGAGGAGGAGGAGGAAGAAGGUGGGGAUGAGAAUAAAUUAGAUUGCAGUGUAAUAUAUCAAAAUGUUAAGCGCAAUUAUAAAAUAUUUUUAAGAAUGUGUUGGUGGAUCGAAAAUGUCUUUUUUAA